AUAAUGAAGAAAUAACUGAAUAUCUAUAUGAAAUUUUAAGUAUUGGUUUCACAGAAAAAGAAAAGUUUCAAAAUGAAAAUAGAAAAUUAUCACAAGAAUUAGAAAUCUUACAAAAAAGAAUAGAAAAAGCAGAACAAAAACAAAAAACAGAAGAAAAAAAAUAUUUAAUAGAAGAAAGAGGAAAAUUAGCAAAAAAAAUAAAUAUAUUAAGAAUAUUUUGUA